AUGGGCUCCGAGUCAAAUUUGUCAAAGUCUAGGAAUAGAAGUUGUGAAGAACGCAAACAACGUUCCUUGUAUCCGAAGCCAUUCGGAGAUCAUUUGGGACUCGAAGAAAUUUUGUCUGAAGGAAUGACAAAGGAGGGAUCUACAAUGGAGACUCCACUAGGCAAUCCAGAGGGGUUCGCUGGCAAAGGGAUGUACAAAAGACAAUCCUUCCCCAAUUCUCCCAAAGAGAUUCAUCAAGACGAAUUAGAUGUCAAACUCCAGGAGUACCUCGACUCACGCAUCGAACUCAAUUCUGAUCAAGUCACGGAAGUAGGAUACUGUAAUGAGGUCGACAUAUACUCCUCAGAGAAUCGUCCAACAUGCCUCUUUACGAAAGAAAAAUCGGGUCACCCAAAGCCGUAUGGAUCCCCAAUGGGCCUUCAAGAUUUGCUCGGGGAGAAGGAUGAAGACGGAGCGAUGUCACUUGAGAAGUCAACGUCUGAUCGCCGACUAGUUCCUAUCAAAGGAUCUCGAACAUCGGUCAACCAACAUGCUCCUAUGUCCAGAAAAAGGAAUUACGGGAACAAUUGUUUCCGCUCUGCUCAAAUUCAUUGGAAAGGCAAGGGAGCGGAAGGAAAACUCGACGAUCGCCAGGAGAACAAGAAGAAUUCGCAAUGGUCGAGGAAUCGUAGAGCCUCGAAGGUUAGGAAGCCGACCACUGGCCGAGUUCCCAAAAGGAAGUUGCCGAAGGCUUGA